AAGAAGACCUCUGAGUGGAAUCCGCAGCACAUUCCAGAGCUCCGGACUUUUCUCUCUUUCUUUCUUUUUUUCGAAUAAAGGGGUACACGAUUGACCAUCGUACCUUAGGCUCUAGUUGUCUAUUACACCAUUGUAAAAGACGAUGCUGUUUCAUUAUCAUUUUACUGGCUUGCAUACGAUUGCGCCAGAAACAAAUGGCCGAGGCCUUUACUUCUUGUUGGCCAACAUUGAUUCAAGCACUGCUUCGAUCCCACGACAUCAACCUGUAGCCAAAUUAAUGGAUAUAAGCCUAGACAGAUGUCCUCUCUGUGAAGUCAUUCCCAAGAAACGGUUCCACCAAGAAUAAGAUCAUCACUUUGCAUCAUACCACCGCAGUGUCCUGAGUUGCUACUCGCAACACAGGAUGGAUCCGCUGACAGCCAUCGGGCUGGUGGCAAACAUUUUGGCCUUUGUCGAUUUUGGCCUCAAAGGUCUUACUGAAGAAGCUGCCAGCCUGCAGAGAUUUGCUGAGCAAACGCGUCAUUUCGCGGACGAUCUCCAGACCCCGGAUCCCAUGGGCCUCGAUGACGACGAAAAGGUCCUCUGCGCAUUAGCCAAAUACUGCUGCAAAAUCUGUGAGGACAUUCUUACGCUUAUUGAUGGCAUACGACCCAAAAAGGCGUUUUCCGGAAUACAGGCAAUCAAGUCGGUUUUGAAAGGGGUGAAAUAUCAAAGUGAUUUGAAAUCACUACAGACUAAACUCAACGCCUGCCAGAGCCAGAUCGGUCCUCAGCUCACAUACAUAACAAGGCUUAUAGACUUUGCUCGGCUUCAAGAGAUCAAAGGCUCUAUCGAGGGUUUAAAAAUUAGUACCGAUGUCUGCAGUCUUCGAGACUCUAUCAAAGACGACAUCCAGAAGCUUGUCCGCAUACCUGAACGUUCGCUUGAACGCCUUGCUCAGGGGUCCAUUCUCAGAGGUCUCGAAUUCGACACGAUGUACUACCGCCAUGACACGAUUUGUGAAGCUCAUGAAAAACCGUUUCGAUGGAUACUGGCUGAUGAUUUUGAUGACAGGUGCAACGUCGACUGCCCGAAUGAGCGCCGAGACAUCCAGCAGAAGCUUACACAGUGGCUGUCUUCAGGCAGCGGAGUGUUUCACUUCUCAGCUAAGAUCGGAGCUGGAAAGUCGACUUUGAUGAAGAUAAUAAUCAACCAUGGUGAGAGCCGAAAGCGGCGUAAUACUUGGACAGGAGACAAGACUCUAGUAUGCGCCAAGUUCUUCUUCUGGAACUCUGGGAGCGAGCGACAGAGGCCCAUUUCCGGCUUAUAUCUCGGACUGCUCCAUGAAGUUCUCUCAGCUCAUCCUGAUCUCACAACCCAUGCCCUUCCCUCAUUCUGGGAGGCGGUGUAUACAUCCCCUUCGCCGGCCGGUGAACGAAUGCACAUUUCGCCCUCCCAAUCCUUACAAGGUCUUGACCGACUCUUUCAAGGGAGCGGCAUAAGUCAGAACUACGGUUUUUGCCUAUUCAUCCACGGCCUAGACGAGCUUCAAGAAACGACAGAGUGCUCGUAUUUUGAUCUGACUGAGAUCAUCUAUCGCUAGUAUUCUCUCACAUCUAGAGACAUCAAGUUUUGUGUUGCCAGCCGUCCGCUGAACGCUUUUCUCAAGAUGUCCGCGCCGCAGCAGUCAAUCUGCUUGCACGACUUAAGCAAACGGGACAUGGCUCUGUAUAUUGAUGAAAAGUUGCAAAAUAUUGAAGAUGCCAAUGUGCUUGCCUCUAUCAGCAAGGUCAUCUUCGAGAAAGCACAAGUUAUCUUCUUCUGGGCUGCAAUUGUCGUCAAAGAUAUUCGGGGACAGAUCCUUCCCGAGGAAAUAAACGAUUUAUUUGCCCACAUAAUCCAGUCAUUGACACCUAAAGAUCGAAGACGGGCCUACCAAGUCCUCGCUGUUUUGUUACGAGCUCAA